GUGCGGGUUUACUGAAAGUACUAUAGACCAGGAGAUCUGACGGGCUGAUUGUUUGGCGCCGGUUACAAUCGCUGUUUACUACUGACAACUGCCCAUAUGUUUCAGUUUUUUAGAAAUGCUUUGGAUACACAGAAUGAAGAAGUGAAAAUGUUACAUAAUGAAGUAACAGAACUAGAAAGAGUAAACAGUGAAAUACUUGAUUUUGUUCAUAAGAAUGGAAGAUUGCCAGAAAUUAUAAAUGAACGAGGAAAUCUUGAAUUAGCUUCUAACAAGGAUGAUAUAGGUGUUUAUCGCGGAUCCGAAAGCAAUCACGACGACAAACAUCAACAGCUUGAGGUAUUCUUGAAGUCUAUAAACAUGUUGAGAUUUUGCUAUAACCAGGUCUCAACUUUUUACAGAUUAAUAUAAUUCCAUCCAGAGUCCUAUAUUUCACCUACUAUUUAUUUUGGGCUCGUCGAUAAUUUUAGAUUUUUCAUAUAGAGAGUAGUUCUGGUUAUAACUUAUCAUCUAAACAAAAUACUGUAACUAGGAGGUCGCCAAAUUCCUCAGUAAUAACUGAUGUGAUUUCGAAAAACGCUGAAGAAUUACGCAGAGUAUUGAUGUCAUUGGGUUUGGAAUCAUCAAAAUCCAAUCACAUCGUUGAUCAUAUUCAGAAAAAUAUGGACAAUAUAGUAAACACGGACACUACUGCUUAUGAAUCCCAGUUAGAUUUUGACAAAAAAACAACUUGUUUGACACCACAACGUGGUAUCGAUUCCUCUAUUUCUGAGAUAGUGGACGUAUCUGAUCAUAAUGAAUCGCCAGCCAAUCCUGAAUGCUCCGGUGAUGAUUCUAACCAAUCUCGAAAUGACGGUCAACCUCAAUAUUCUUUUCCUCCCACUAUUAGUACAGUGACUUAUGAACUUCGCCGUCGGGAAUUAUUACGUGCUAAUCAACGUAUUGCUUUAAAUCCAUCAUAUUCUUUAAACAAUUCAACUGAAGGUUUUACCGGUCAUAUUAGCUAUCAUCAAAGCAUGCCGUCAUCAUUAUCUGCACAGUUACCAUCGUCUGAAUGUCGAGCGAUUUGUAUUCCAGAUAAUCAUUCUUUACAUUAUUUCAAUUCAAAUCCUAAUACCACAAUGUCUCUAUCAGACUCUGUAUUGCGUUAUUGUGUUCCUGAAAAAUCUAACACCGAUGAAACCAACGCAAACGGUCAUUCAUUAUCUUGUCCAUGUGGAAAUCCUCAAAGCUGUCCAUUAUCUGAACAGAAAAUUGAACGUUUGUGUAAAAAUCCUGGUAUAAUUCAUGGUUUCACAGUUCUUUCCGCUGUAUUUCGUGGUCGACUCACUAGACAAUUAUUAGCUACACGUAAAGUUCAUGAUUUAAUACGUACUGUAAAAGAUACGGCUAAAUUAAUUUUAUCUAUACGAUUAGAUCAAAGAAAUAUAUCGUUUCAAUCAGAAUUUAUAUCAACAUCAUUAUUAGAAUCAAAAUUAUUAAUACAACUUUAUAAUAUACUUAAUGAAAUUCAUGAAAUCUUCUUUAAAUGGUCUAUAACUAAACAAAUUUCACUUAUAUAUAAUUCUAAUCUAUCAUCAUAUAAAAUGGAUUAUUCAUUUACAAAAUUAACUAAUCAAACAUCAACAAAUUCAUUACGUAUCCUUCGACAGUUACAACCUCAUCAAGUGAAUUCCUUACCUAAAAGUAAACAGAUCAAUAACUACGCAAAUGGCGAAGAAAAAAAAUCAAAUAUUUCUAUUAUUUCUAAUCAACGAAAUCCGUAUCAUUCUAUUAAUAAUAAUAAUAAUAAUAAUAAUAAUAAUAAAUUAAUCAAUAAAUUCUCCCCCAAACAACAAUUAACACAUAAUAUAAAUAAAAAUCAAUUAAAAAAUAAUCAAAAAGAAUGUUAUAAACAACAAUCAAUAUCGAAUACAUUUAUACAAUCUAAUAUAAACAAUUCAAUUUAUUAUAAAUCAAUAAAUAAAACUAAUCAAUAUAUUACAAGAUCAAUUUCAACUAAUAAUACAUUAAAUAAUAAAGUUAAUAGAUCAUCAUCAAUAAGAAAGAAUUAUAUUAAUCGAACAAAAUCAAUCGAACCAAAAAUUAUUCGCCAUUUCAGUAAUAAAAUUGAUCCAAUCCAAUAUAAUAAUAAUAAUAAUAAUAAUAAUACAUCAACAAUUGACUCAUUGAACAGUAAUAAUAAUAAUGAUCCGCUGAAUAUUACAGUUAACAGUGAACUGGAAAUACAUUCAAAAAAUGAUCAAUAUACUUCAACAUUAAAAAGUACCAAUAUCAGUACUGAUGUAAAUAAUUUCCCAAACAUUAAAACAAUUCAUACUGAAAAAUGCCAUGAAACUGUUGUUGAAGAGAAAAGACUGUCAACUUCAUCAAAACAAGUCAGUAGUUCAACGUUAUCACAAUGUGAAACUAAUUUACAUGCUCCAUUAACUAUUAAUGAUAAUAAUAAUACAUCAGUUCAAAGAUGUUUUCCUGUGAAACGUCGUAUUCUAUCUAGAAAACUUAAAAAUGAUUAUUCAAAUAAUCCUAUUCAUGUCAGUACUCAAAAUAAUUCAUCUAACUCUACAUGUAAUAAUUAUAAUAAUGAUGUAUCAUUCCUGAUACAAGAUAAUCAAUCAAUCAAUAAUACUUUACAUUCUAAUGAUAAUGAAAUCAAAUAUAAUUACGAAAUUUCAAAUAAUUUAUAUCAAAAAAAUUCUGAACUACGUGCAACAUGGACUUUAGAUUCAAAGACAUAUCCUUCUCUUACCAUAGAUACUAUUAAUUUAUCUAAUUAAUGGACUAAAAUUAUUAUGUGUAAAGGAUGAUAUUACAGUUAGUCUAUGGUGUUGUUAAUGAAUGAUCAUAAUAAUAAG